CAAAUAUUAUCAAAACCAUCACUAGCUCUUGAGCAUUAAUGGAUGUUGAGAAAGUCUUCCACAUGAAUGGUGGGCAUGGUGAACAAAGCUAUGCCGAGAAUUCACAUCUUCAGAAAAAAGCUUCAGAUAUGGUGAAACACAUAACACUCAAAAGCCUUGCAGAAGCCUACAUCUCCACAGAACCAGAAAGCUUAGGCAUAGCCGAUCUUGGCUGUUCUUCUGGCAAAAAUACUUUAUCAACCAUUCGAGAAAUGGUGGAAGUCAUCGACAAAACCACCUCAAACACCCCACCACCUGAGUAUCGUGUCUACCUGAACGAUCUUCCCACCAAUGACUUCAAUGCACUCUUCAAGAUUCUGCCAGAUUUUUACAAAGAAGUGAACAGCGAGAGACAUAUCAGGUGCCAAAAACAAGUAUCAAGCGUCUUCAUCGCUGGUUGUCCCGGCACCUUUUAUGGUAGAUUGUUUCCUAACAAAUGUCUGCACUUCAUUUACUCCGCUAACAGCUUGCAUUGGCUGUCCAGGAUUCCUCCGGGCCUUUAUGACAAGGAUGGUAAGUCGAUUAACAAAGGUAGCUUUUACAUCUCCAAAUCGAGCUCGUUACAAGUCGCUAAAGCAUAUUCCGAUCAAUUCCAAGAAGACUUUUCACUGUUUCUACAAUCAAGGUCAACAGAACUUCUGUCUGGAGGUAGGAUGGUACUUAUUUUGUUAGGAAGUAGAGAUCGAAGCCAUGUUGAUAGGGGGAACUCAUUCCUUUGGGAACUUCUUUCACAAUCAUUUUCCAGCUUGGUCUCUGAGGGAGAAGUGAAGCAAGAAAAAGUGGACGAGUACAAUACCCACUUUUACGCACCCUCGAGGAAUGAACUAGAGGACGAAGUAAAGAAAGAAGGGUCUUUCAAAAUUGAAAGGUUUGAAAUGUUCAAAAACGAACGCUACUCCGGUCCUUAUAUGAGCCAUGGCACCGCGGUUGCGAGGGCCAUUCGAGCCAUCCAAGAGUCAUUGAUUUCCGAACACUUUGGUGAAAAAAUUCUGGACAAGUUGUUUGACAAUUAUGGAAAUUUGAUAGACGAAGAGAUGGCUACAGAUGAUAUUAAGCCCAUAAGUUUCAUUGUUGUCCUGAAAAAAAUAUGAUUUCAAAGCCUUGGAUAUAUUGUUGUGUGUGUCCCAUGUUUAUUUUUACGGAAUAUUUUAUUUGUAUUAUUCACAGUUAAUUAAAUAAAUGUCGUGCUUUGCUUAUAGCUUA